UUAAUAUUUAAAAAAAAAAUGCUGUUUUUGUGCAGCAGUUCUUAUUAAAUCACAUGCUGUUUGAUUUAUUUGAAACGGAUAAUAAAGGAGGAUACUGUGGGUGUUGGAGAGGACCCACUGAAAAAUGUGAGUGUACGAAAGGAUCUCACAGAUGAACAUGUGGCCCCUGACACUCCAGCCACCUCUUCUGCACCAGUCUCACCUCCAGCUGAGGCUCAGACGAACAAAUCAAAGAAGGCUUCCUGGUGGCGCAGAUGGCUUUUUUGUGAGAAAAAGUCAAAGGUUUUUCCCAAAAAUGAAGACAAGGCAGAAGACACGGUCGUGCCACCUUCUGAACCCCAACAGAGUACCAUCAGCACUGAAAAAUGUGAAGUCAAGGACGUUGGUGUCCAGACAGAGGUUUCCUGCCCUCCCAACUCGCUGCUGUUUUUCUGCACGAAAAAGGUGACCUUAGAUGAUGAGCCGCGUUGUCCUGAAGUCAAUGAGAGAGAUGAGCCAGUUUCCAGGCCGUGUACCCCACCACAUCACACACUGCUGACUAACAUACAAUGACGAGUUCGUCAAUGAUGAGCAGCGGCAGAGAACAGCUUACCUGCUGUUCUAUGAAAAACAGCGACAAGCAAGGCAACAAAACGAUGUCAACACAAGAGCAACAAGCUAACAUCGGCAAAGUCCUCAGCUUUCUUCGGGAAUGGGACCGCGGUGACAUGAGGGUCCGCGGUCGCAUGUUGAGCACCUUUGUGACUCAAAACACGGGGAAGACGUUUUAUGAGCUGGAGCUGGAGUUUGCGCAGGUCGCCAGUCUCUUCCUAGCUCGACUUACCACAUGGAUGAAGCUCACAUACAUGUUAGGCACCUUCUUGGGACUUCAGCUGAAAGCACUUGGGAUUUUCCUAUCUGCUUCUUGUCAUGAUCAGUAUCUGAUAAACUUCCUGGAGGAUGGAGGAGUUCUCACUCUGCUGAACAUUUUGAGCCACUCUCAGAGCAAAGACGAUGACAAGGCCGGAGCCAUCAAACUUCUACUCACUGUCUCAAAAGCAGGUCGCAAGUACAAGGAGAUCAUCUGUGAAAGUCACGGCGUUAAAGUCAUAGGCGAGUGCCUGGCCACAUCAAACAGAGAUGAAACCAAAGAGGCAGCGUCGGUCCUUUUGGAGUCCCUGUCCCACGGAAAUCCCAGAUAUCAGGACCAAGUCUACAAAUAUCUGAUUACCUGCAUGACUUGUAGCUCACCUAAAUCCCUGCAGCUUAUUCUGCACACCUUAUGCAUUGUGCAGCGAAAAAUGAAAACAGCCCAUUACAGCAUUGUAGAGCCUCUGCUUAACACACUCAGAUCCCCACACCUGGAAGUUCAGGAUGAAGCCAUUAAACUCAUCUUAGACCUGAAGCAUUAUGAUGUGAAGGCAGUUCUACUUACUGGUUUGGUGGCUCUACUGAGGCCUAUUAAAGAAAAAGUACACCAGCAUCAAAUCAGCAAAGAAUUCAAGAUGACUGAGAUGACUGGAUCUUUCCCUGUAUUUGUACAGCAAGCUGCUGCAGCUAAAACAAUACGGUUGCUGGCUGAGGAAGAUCAAGAGCUUUCUCGUGAGCUUCUCUCUCUUGGAGUGAUCCAGCAUCUUCUGCACACUAUGGGCAACAGAGAACAUCCUGAUGCCCAAAUACAAGCCAGUCUAACAUUAGAGUAUUUUGUCGUCUCCUUCCCUGCUGUUGAGGACCAAGUGCAGAGAGUGAUGGGCAGCGCUCUGUUUGCAGAGUUCAAAAACAAAGCUGACACUGUAUACAUGAACAUGAAUGAAACAGAAGAAGAAAUGCUGCUAACAAAUCAGAUUAACAUGUCACAAGUUUUAAAUGGUAACAAGUCUGACAGCUGACCAGAGGAAAAAUAGUUUUGUAAACGGAUAUAAAUAAGGUUUUUAGAAAUUUUUGUAUUAAUGCCUAUAACCUGUUCUACCAUUUGUUUUUGUAUUAAGAAAAAAUAUUCUAUCUAUCACUAGAAAAAUGGGAAGUUCAGUCAUUUAUAUUAAUAGAGCGAGAAAUGGCUUUGACAAUGGAAGCUCUGUAAUAGGUUUGGGGCUUCUUCUCAAAUAAAUACAAAUAAAUAAAUAAAUUUGGAAUUUA